AUUGCAAUUCCUGGUAAUGUUCGGUUGAAAUGUAUCUCCUGGAAUAAGGAUCAAGGUUUCAUAGCCUGUGGUGGAGAGGAUGGAUUGCUGAAGGUCCUGAAAUUAGAAACACAAACAGAUGAAGCAAAAAUCAAGGGACUGGCACCUCCUAGCAAUGUUUCUGUGAAUCAAACUCUUGAAGGUCACAGUGGUUUUGUGCAGGUUGUGACAUGGAAUGAACAGUAUCAAAAACUGACUACCAGUGAUCAAAAUGGCCUUAUCAUUGUGUGGAUGAUGUACAAAGGUGCUUGGUAUGAAGAGAUGAUUAACAACAGAAAUAAAUCGGUUGUCCGAAGUAUGAGCUGGAAUGCUGAUGGGCAGAAGAUUUGUAUUGUGUAUGAAGAUGGAGCUGUGAUUGUUGGAUCGGUGGAUGGCAAUCGCAUUUGGGGAAAGGACUUGAAAGGUUCCCACCUGUGCCACGUGGCCUGGUCUUCUGAUAGCAAAGUGUUGCUCUUUGGAAUGGCAAAUGGAGAGAUUCACAUUUAUGACAACCAGGGAAAUUUUAUUGUGAAAAUGAAGCUGAGUUGUUUGGUGAACUCAUCUGGAGCAUUCAGUAUUGCUGGGAUACACUGGUACCACGGCACCGAAGGCUACAUUGAACCCGACUGUCCCUGCCUUGCUGUCUGUUAUGACAAUGGAAGAUGCCAGAUAAUGAGAGAUGAGAAUGACCACAAUCCUGUUUUGAUUGACACUGGUAUGAAUGUAGUGUGCAUUCAGUGGAACCCGUGUGGCAGCGUUUUGGCUGUGGCAGGCUCCCUCAAAGCAACUUCUCAGGAUAAAGAUGUCAACAUUGUGCAGUUCUAUACUCCAUUUGGUGAGCAUUUGCGUACACUGAAAGUUCCUGGUAAACAGUUAUCCUCUUUGUCCUGGGAGGGAGGUGGACUGAAAAUUGCAUUGGCUGUCGAUUCUUAUAUAUAUUUUGCAAACAUUCGUCCACAUUACAAGUGGGGUUACUGCUCCCAUACAGUGGUGUAUUCAUAUACCCGACCUGACCGCCCUGAGUGCUGUGUCAUAUUUUGGGACACAAAAAAUAAUGAGAAGUAUGUGAAAUACGUCAAGAGCCUUAUUUCCAUAACAACCUGUGGAGACUUCUGUGUUUUAGCAACUAAAGCAGAUGAAAAUCAACCUCAGGAGGAGCAUGAGACAGAGUCAUUUGGUGCAAUGUAUGUGCUGGUUCUCUGCAAUUCUAUUGGCACACCCUUGGACCCAAAAUAUAUUGAUAUCGAGCCCUUGUUUGUCACAAUGACCAAAACACAUGUGAUAGCAGCUUCUAAAGAAGCAUUUUACGUCUGGCAGUAUCGUGUGGCCAAGAAGCUCACAGCAAUGGAAAUCAAUCAGGUAGCACGGACCAGAAAGGAAGGCAGAGAAAGGAUCUAUCAUAUUGAUGACACCUCUUCAGGGUCGGCAGAUGGGCACCUUGAUUACAGCAGAGCAGUUGAAGGAACAAGAGAUCCAAUUUGUGCAAUAACAGCAUCUGAUAAGAUACUACUUGUGGGAAGAGAAUCUGGCACUAUCCAGAGAUACAGUCUCCCUAGUGUGGCUGUAGUGCAGAAGUACACCCUGAACUGCCGUGCCUAUCAGCUGUCUUUGAACUGCAACUCCAGUCGUCUUGCUAUCAUAGACCUUUCGGGGGUUCUGACUUUCUUUGACUUGGAUACAAGGGCAGUAGACAGCACAGGACAGCAAGUGAUAGGUGAGCAGCUGAAACUGGAACGCAAAGAUGUCUGGGAUAUGAAGUGGGCCAAAGAUAACCCAGAUUUGUUCGCAAUGAUGGAGAAGACAAGAAUGUAUGUUUUCAGAAACUUGGAUCCAGAGGAACCUAUACAAACAUCUGGAUAUAUUUGCAACUUUGAAGAUUUAGAAAUCAAAUCUGUCCUUCUGGAUGACAUAUUAAAGAAUCCUGAACAUCCUAACAAAGAUUAUGUCAUCAAUUUCGAGAUUCGGUCGUUACGAGACAGUCGAGCAUUGAUUGAAAAAGUUGGCAUUGAGGAAUCUUCCCAAUUCAUAGAAGACAAUCCACAUCCCAGACUUUGGCGGCUCCUGGCUGAAGCUGCCCUUCAGAAGUUGGAUCUGCAGAUGGCUGAACAAGCUUUCGUGCGUUGCAAAGAUUAUCAAGGUAUUAAAUUUGUGAAGCAUUUGGGCAACCUGCAGAGUGAGUCUAUGAAGCAAGCAGAAGUGGCAGCCUACUUUAGCAGAUUUGAAGAAGCUGAAAGAAAGUAUCUGGAUAUGGACAGAAGAGAUCUUGCCAUCGGGCUGCGGAUCAAACUGGGAGAUUGGUUUCGGGUAUUACAGCUGUUGAAAACUGGCUCAGGGGACUCGGAUGAUGCCCUUCUGGAACAAGCACACAAUGCUAUUGGGGACUAUUUUGCAGACCGUCAGAAAUG